CUUAUAACGGGCAACCGAAUUUCGCGCUGCCUGUUCUGGCUGGUAGCAAGAAUCGUCGCUUUAGGGUCGUCGUUGAAACUUUGCGAGCUUCGGCCACACUUGGGGAUGUGGGCCGAUAUCACGGCAUGAACACAAUUUUCGACCAGACCAAAAGCAGACACCCCAACACCAUCUUCGCCCUCAACAAUCCGCAUCAAAUGGAAGUCGCCAAUCUCAUCACCGCCAACAUGGCACCGCAACCAAAUCACCGGGAGCCGGAGCCCGGUAUGCAAUACUUCACCUGCACGACCAACGACGGCUGCGAGCUCGCCUUUCAAAGCUCUCAGCCAAUCUCGGCCGGCGCCUCCCUGUCCACAAACCCGGAUCCGCGCUACCGUACGUGCAUCCUCCUCAUGCACGGCUUCAGCGGCUCCUCGGCCUACUUCACGCGGAACGUCGCCGCCCUAUCCGCCGAUCACUGGGUCGUCGCCCCGGAUAUGCGCGGGCACGGCCGCUCCGGCCGCUCUAAGGGUGGAUAUCAUGUCGCGCGGCUUGCGAUGGAUCUGCAUGAGCUAGUAAAUCACUUGCAGAAAUCAUCUCCUCUUGGCACCGAGACGCAGAUUAUUCCCGUAGGCUGUUCCAUCGGCGCCGCGGUGUUAUGGACGUACGUAGAGCUCUUCACCUCGGCCCCCUUCACAGGAUUCAUCUUCGUCGACCAAGCCCCGCUGCAAGACCGCUCAUGGUUUGGCGAAUGGGACGCAGCCAAAGCGCAUAAGGGCUGUUACGACGAGAAGACGGUGCAGCAGGCGCAGCAGAGCUGGAUGUUCUACUCGGCCGAGGCGCACAGGGGGCUCGUGGAGAGUUGUUUGGGGUACCUUGUUGACCCACCCCCCGGGGGCUCAGGGCUGUCGGAGGAGCAAAUUGGGAAAGAUAGAAGAUUUUUCAUGGGAAUUAGUGCGAUUUGUGAUCAGGAGUGGUUGGCAAGAUUGUUGAGCGAUCAUACGAGGUAUGAUCACCGCGAGGCGUGUGAGGGGAUUCGCAGGAAGACUCUGGUUAUGGCAGGGGAUAAGUCGGGGUGUUUUACUAGAGAGGGAUUGGAGGAGACGGUUAGGAGGGUGAAUUUAGGGAGUGGGAAGGGGGAUUUGGCUAGGUUUAGUUUGUUUCGGAGUGGGCAUUGGUUAUUUUACGAGGAGCCGGAAAGGUUUAAUAGGGAGGUGAUUGCGUUUGUGGCCGAAUGCACGAGGUAGUCUUCCGAGGGUAUUUGAGAAGUAGCUUGCGUGUUGAGUCUUCAGUGCUUGAGUAGAGAGCACGAAGUCAGGACGAGGUCUGGCGCCCGAGUUGCCGAAGUGAACGCUCAAAAGUGUCGUAUACUACGACUUGCUCCCGCCGUGCGAGACUCGCUUCGUGCCCUGCUUUGACAGUUAUCACUUUCAACAUGAAUUGAGAGCCUGCUCACUGAUAGUGGGCCCUGGCCUUCCAUGGAUAGUCAAGUAUCACGCCGGAUUUACCUUCACUAUCGUGGUUCCCCUCUAUCGCUAUCUGGAUAUCAGCCACCAGGAACAGAAGCUUCGCGGUGGAAUAUAUGUGAUAUUUGGUUAAUAAUAUCAAUAUAGAAGGAACGACGAUAACCACGUUGAAGGAAUUGAACUCAAGCGGAAAGGUAUGCAAAAGAUAGUUCCAUCGUAAGCUACUAGACAGUUUGACGAACAAAUUACG